AUGGCUUCCGGCAGCUCGAUGCCCUUCUCCUCCCUCCACCCCGUCCCGACAGGCGGUCGCAAACCCAAGAGCCUCGGCGAAUUCAUUGCCCGCGUGCAGUCGGAACGCGGCUUCCGGAAUGUUACUGAGGAGAGCCUCAAAGAGGAGGUCGAGAACCAGAAAAACGGCGACGCAGAAGUCAAGGACGAAGACACGGCCAUGAGCGAUGGCAACGCCGACGACGAAGAGCCACCCGAUGCAGGUGCCGCGCGGAUGGAGGUCCUGAGGAACAUCGAUGUCGCGCAAAACGCCGCCCUCAUGACCCUCGACUUCAUCUCCUUGCUACUCUCCAAAGAAAGCCCCGCCCAGGCCGGUGUCACCCUCUCCCAAGCCUUGCGCGACUGGACCGGCAUAGGCACCCUCGGCAUUGCAAAACGAGAAGACAGCGAAGAGCAGAAGCAAAGAGACGCCGACCGCGCCAAGGACAACCGCGACGUGUCUCUGGGCUGGGCCUUGCUCGAUAUCCAGACGACAAAGGAGUCGGCCGACAAGGCCGCGAGCCACCUGAGCAAGGAGGUGGAGCGCGAAGCCAAGUACUGGGACCAAGUGCUGGCGGUGCAUCGGGCCGGGUGGUCCAUGUGCCGGUUGCCGGCGGAACGUCAUACUCUUGGUGUAAGAUUCGGCUUCUCGGAAGCCUCACCCGAGUUCAGGAAUAGCAGCCUAGCACCCCUGAGACGGGGGGACGAUGGCACAGCGUUGUUGCAGCACGGCAGAGUCGGGGCCGGCUCCCAACGCCUCUCCAUCACCGUGAGCAGAUCGGGCGAGACCACUGGCCGUCUAGCCAUCGGAUCUUCCGUUCCGGAUUCGGCUCAUCUCCCGGAUCGUGUUCUCGAAGCCCGAAACACCAUCUUCGCGCAAGAGCUCUGGCAUGAGCUGCACCGGGAAGCGCAUUCUCUGGCCUCUUAUGGAGUACGCGCAAACAAUGACUCCAUCACCUUUAACCCAGCUUCGGGUCCAAGCCUUACGCUCGAGCUUGAGACGCUCGACGGCGGUGCUCCCGCUGUGGGCGCAUCUACCGAAGACAACGUGCUCGCGGAAGCGACGCACCUCGGUCUCCAUAUCCUCCUCAGCCAUGCCCAUCGUCUGAACGAGCUACAGCGCCUACGGCCAACCCCUCCCCACCAGCGACGCAACCAGACACAAAGCCAGUACCACCUGCUCAGGCCCAUCGUCGCCAAAAUACUGUACGACCGCUCGGUGGAACAGGUCACCAGCUUCGCCGGCGAUCUCACUCGCGUCCUGCGACGUGCCGGCGUCCACGCGGCCUCGUUCACCCUGAGCACCCCGCCGUUCCCGACCGCCGACCUGAAGAACACCUCGGGCGGCGCCUCCAACCGUCCCAACGCCUCGCAAGCGCUUACCAACAUGCUCACCUCGCCCGCCGACUUCCAAGUCGAGCUGACCCUCACCCCGACAGCCCGUCUCCAGAUCCGCGGCCGCACAUUCCUCCUUCCCUUGACGACCACGCAGUUCCAGCUCCAGCUCCUCCCCAGCAUCGCCGAGCCCACGAGCGCCGAACCCGCCUCGAGCUCCCUCCAGGCGUCCUACCCCCCCUCCCGCGACCCCUACCCCGACUUCCCUUCCGUCCAGCGCUACGUCGCCAGCGCCGCAGCGCACGCCCUCACCGACUUCGCCAUGUCCUUCAUCCCCGCCACCCCUGCCAACCUCUCCGAACCCGCCCACGGAGAAUGGAGCAAAUCCGUCCGCGGCACCGCCAUCCGCGACAUGGACACGGAGACGCGCGAGAUACGCUUCGACGUCCUCAGCAACGACCACGAGGGCCGCCUUACGCUCCAGAUCGGCGCCGCCUGGCGCGCGGGCGACAAGCCGCUCGUCAAGCGCUGGGCAUGGCCGGCCGUCGGCGAGGGCGCCGGCAAGUCGGCGACCCAGCCACACGUCGGCGAAAUCGUUGCCGCCGUCGUACAGUCUAAGGAGAUCUAG